AUGUCCAACACAUCAUCGUCCCUGGGGCGGUACUUCAAGAUGGAGUCGUCCACUGAUUUCAUAUCAUCCACGCCUGUGGUCAUACGGAGUCAGCAUCUCAGUUACUACGUCGCUAUCGGCGCGAUACUACUGGUGGCGUGGCUGUUCCAAUCGUCACAAACGAGCAAGACGAAGAGCGUCAAGGCGCCGUUCUACAAGGCUUCAAUAUUAAAAUGGUACUUCGAUGCCGAAACUCUGGUCCGGGACUCGUACACAAAGUUUCAUGACAAGGUUUAUCAGAUCAAGGCCACAGAGGGGGUCCAAGUCUUGGUACCAGCCAAGCUUGUCGGCGAGUUGAAAGGCCUUCCCGAGGACGUUCUCAGCGCCACCGAGGCUGUCAGCGAGGCUUUGAUGAGCAGAUAUACCAAGUUCUGCCCAGAGCGACACCAAGAUCUGCUGGCGACUUUAGUGCGGACGAGGCUAACGCAGAAUCUCGCGCGUCUGAUCCCGCAAUUGAAGGAGGAGGUCGAGUACAUCACCGCCACCGAGUUCCCCGAGUGCAAGGACUGGACUCCAGUAAAGUUCCAGCCAUUUGCUUUGAGGUGUAUCGCACGGACAAGUGGACGGGCCUUCGUCGGCCCCUCGAUUUGUCGACAGGAGCAGUGGAUGGGAAUCAGCAUCAACUUUGCAGUGCACAUCUUCCUUUCGUUGGUGAAGCUGCAGUUCUUCCCAGCCUGGCUCAGACCCAUCGGGCAGUACCUGGUUUCGGACCUGGGGAAGCUCAGGAAGGACGAGACGGAGGCCAAGGAGAUGCUGAUCCCCAUCAUCGAGGAGCGCCUGCGAGAUAUGGACUACCCUGGCUAUGAGAAGGCAGAUGACUUGAUUCAGUGGCUAUUGGACUCGCUCCCGGAAGGAGAGAAGAGAGACUAUCAAGCUCAGGCCGAGCUGCAGCUCAUCCUCAGCGCCGCAUCGAUCCACACGACCAACAAUCUCCUUGUCGAUUGCGUGUACGACCUCGCUGCCAACCCGGAAUUCGCAGAGGAGCUGAGGCAGGAGGCCAUCGCGGUGCUCGAGGGCGACGACAACGGCUGGGCGAGGAAGGACUCGAUGAGCAAGCUGAAGAAGCUUGACAGCUUCAUGAAGGAGGUGCAGCGCCUGUCGGGUAACGUGACGUCGUUCAUUCGCAAGGUCGUCCAGCCCAUCGACUUGUCCGACGGCACACAUCUCCCCGCGGGGACAAAGGUGCUCGCCCCGCAGUGCGGCAUCAGCCACGACGAGCGCUACUUCUCAGACCCGGACCGCUUCGACGCCUUGCGCUUCUACCAAAUGCGCCAGCGCAGUGAGGACGACAUGAACAGACACCAGUUCACAAGCAUUAGCGACACCAACAUGAACUUCGGCGCGGGCAAGCACGCCUGCCCCGGCCGCUUCUUCGCCGGCAAUGAGAUCAAGAUGAUCCUAGCGUACUUCCUCAUCAACUUCGACAUCAAGCUGAAGGAGGGGGAAUCAAGGCCCAAGGGCAUGAUGCUGAUGAUGUCCAAGACACCCAACCCGAACGCGGAGAUCCUGUUCCGGCGGCGGACGGUGGAUGCGUGA